AUGGCAAACUUGACGACAAUUUGGGACCAAACGUCCUCUGGCAUCAAAUAUAGCUCUGACUGGAUAAAGAACGAAGAUUCCAGGUUCUUCGGAGGUUCAUAUACCUGGGCCGACUCCACAGGUCUCGAUCCGAACGCUUCUGCUUCGCUGACGUACUCUUUCCGAGGAACAACCAUCUCAUUCUGGGGAGUCACACCAUUCACCCCAAACACAAAGCCGCUUACCAUCACAAUCGACAACAAAGUUGAAACCCCACCGAGUUUCCUAUCAAACGGAGAAUCAGACGGGACGUACACUGAAAUAUAUAGGUCCCCCGUUAUAGAACCCGGACUACACAAUAUCUCCUUUUCAAAUUUCUACGGGGUGUAUUUAGACUUCAUCCUCGUCUACGGGGACCCUGUCACAAAUGGUUCAGUUAUGUUGGUUGACGAUACGGAUCCUGCAGUACAGUACCGUGGAAAUUGGAAUGUGGGGAAGGAUGAGACGUUUUCAACAACUUCCUCAGCGGGGCUUGGAGGUGCAGAUCCGGGACGGGAUAUUUCAGGGAUAGCGAUGGGGAAUGGAACGCAUGCGACGAAGAAUGUAGGGGAUGGGUUUUCGGUGAAUUUUAAUGGCACCGAGCUUUCUGUAUACGGAAUCAUUGACUCCCAUAGCAAUGGUACCAUUCACGUAACCUUCACCAUCGACGGUGAAUCUUCAACCAGCGUUUAUCAAAUCCCAGGACCAAGCAUCGACCCCGGUGGUGGACUUCUCAACCAUCUCCUUUACCACAAUGCGUCGAUCGCAAAAGGUCCACAUAAGCUGGAUGCAGAAGUCGCUUCUAUCACCGGAGACCAGAGUCUGAUAUUCGAUUAUCUCACUUACCGCCACUGGGUACCCCCUGCAAAUUACACUUCCCCGGGAUCCAUUAGCGGAGGUAAUAAUAAUGGGAAUGGAAUGGGUGGUGCUACACCUUCACCGGUACCGUCAGAUCAUCGUAGGAAGCCAGUGGGGUCGAUAAUAGGAGCAGUUAUAGGAAGUGUGUUGGGGGUACUCACUCUAGGAAUCAUCGCGAUAUGUCUGCUUGUGCGGUGGAGGAGGAAGAGAACGGCCAAGAAGAUCAGGGAAAUGACCGUGCUUCAACCGGAUCCGUGGAUAUCGGACCGCAAAACAAGAGCCACAAACAACAUCCUGACUUCAGAAACUUACCCAGCUCAUCGGAAGACACAAGAGGCACACGCCUUCUCAGUAACAGACCCAGACGAGGAGAUGAUAAGACCAGGACGGCUAAUGUGCUUAACAAGUGAACAAUCAAGGAAUGAAGGGGUUAGAGAACAACCGGUAUCCGAGUCAAGCCCGUCACCGCUACCAAGAGCCACUCUCAUUACCGAACUCGAGCCUCAGUCCGCUUCCGACCAAUCAUCCGGAGCACAAACAGAUAUUUCAGAGCUCGCAUCUCAAGUAAAUAUCUUGACACGGGAGGUCCAGAGGUUGAGAAGCUCAUUCUCACCGUUCUUUGCACCACCUUUGUAUAAUAACACGGGCGAAUCAGGUGCUACUAGUCCUCCAUCGUAUGCACAUGGAGAGUCGAGGUGA